AUCCAACGCACAUCAGAUGACCUUUCGACUUUAUGGGAAGGUGUAGUUAAAGACAAAAAUGCGCUGCAUUUUUGGAGUGUUAUGAAAAGAUAUAGUGAUGAUUUAACUCUUUAUAAAAUACAAGCUUCGGACUCUGUUCAUGAGAUGGCUUCACCCUCUUCUCCUACUCUUAUAAGACCUUCGGUAUCAACAAAUUCAACCAGAUCAACAAAGGAGGUAUCACCAAAUGAUAUGAUUUUUCACAGAAUCUCAAAUGUAAAUGAUGUUUUUGAGAAGUAUCGAAAAAUUAAUGAAAAUGCUGAAACUUGGACAAUUGGGGGAGUUCCUAUUGAGAUUGAAGAAACAAUAUCGAAUAUAAUAGAAAUCAAAAAUCUUGAAAAGAUGUCUUUUGAUAAUCCUUUUCUUUCCUUCAUCAUUGACCUUGAUCGUCCUUGUUCCUUUAUCAGUAAGAUUUUCAUGGAACGUGAGCUUAAAAUUGCCAUUGAAGUUGAAUUUGAAUAUUUCAGUGAUGCAACCCACAACUACAUAAAAUCGCUAAUCAAAAAUGAAGUUAAUAAUGAUAUAAUUUGUGAAGAUAAAGAUUACAUUGAUAAGGUUUACGAGCACCUGCAAGAUAUCUGGAGACGUCAAAGAUAUGAUCAUAAGAGUAAAGGAGAUGGUUCAAUUAAUGAGGCAACAUUCUUAUACAAUGUCAUGCAUCGUAUACUACACCUAACAGUUGAAGGAGAAAAGCUCAUGAAAUUAGAUUGGUUUGUGAUUUUGAGGAAUCUUAAUCAUGCUAAUUUUGAUGACUAUGAUUUAUGGUUUUUGAAACAGACAAAAUCGUUUCAAACCACCAUCAAAAACGCACGCAAACUGCCAGAUUGUAUGGGAACAUUCACUCUUCAUAACAAAGACUAUGAGUUCUUAUAUUUGGAGUGUGUAGGACCGCCCUUUGACUGCAAGACAACGAAAAUUGAAAAAGAUAGAAGGAAAAUCAUUCAAACAUCGAUUAAACUCUUGUUAUAUGAUAAAGUCAAUCACGAGACACAAAAAUUUGCACGAAUAAGAAGGGUUUUUGAUAUUUGUAUACCUGUUGAGUCUUAUAGUAAUGAAGAUGAUGUAUUCAACUUUAUUUGUGGAUUAUUAAUUUUUAAAAGGUUGAUUAAAAGCGUGUACGAUGACUUUGAUUACAUUUCAAAACAUAUAAGGGCAGAACGUAAUGUUUUUAGAAGAAAGGUUAAUACUACAAUGGAGGAGGAGGAUACAAGUUUGAUUUUUUUAACACCGAUUAAAAGAAAGAUCUCUUAA